UCCCUUCCGUCUCUCCCUCUCUCUUACUCCCACAUAGCUCUAUCACUCAUAGGCUCACACCAGCUCUUUUGGGCAUCAUCUCCACCUUCGGAGAUCUUCAUCAUAUCUGCGUUUUGCCAGGUGGACGCACUCCCCACAGUCACCAUUUCCACCCCGGAGAGUUCCACGCUGGCAGCGCAGCCCCUUCCCAGGCUGAGCAUCGGGCGGAAGACCCUGGUGGCAGCUGCUGUGGGGGUCAUGCUGGUCCUGGUUCUGGUGGUCCUCAUCCCUGUGCUGGUCAGCUCUGUCGGCACAGGCAGCACAGAUGACAGCGGGAGCCACUACGAGAUGCUGGGCACCUGCCGCAUGGUGUGUGACCCCUUCCCCAGCACAGGUACCGUGGGCACAGGUGUGCACUCAGGCACUGAUACAGCAACUACAGGCUUUCUGGUGGACAACGAGGAAGAUCUGAGUGAUCACAGCAUCGGCCCACCACUGCCUACAUAUAGUGUUCACGGUCCACAAGGUAAACCAGGACGCCCAGGCAAACCCGGACCCCCAGGACCCCCUGGUGAGCCGGGUCCACCAGGACCAAGGGGACCACCAGGAGAUGGUGUGGACAUUGUUCGGACAGGGAUUUUAGGGGCGGUUAGCACAACAACCUACAACACCACACCUCGGGUGGCAUUUUAUGCAGGACUACGAAACCCUCAAGAAGGUUACGAUAUACUACGCUUUGAUGAUGUGGUAACUAAUAUUGGUGGUAACUAUGAGGGCGCAACGGGCAAAUUCACCUGUAAGAUUCCUGGCACCUACUUUUUCAUCUACAAUGUGCUGAUGAGAGGAGGAGAUGGCACCAGCAUGUGGGCUGACCUGAUCAAAAAUGGGCUGGUCAGAGCCAGCGCCAUUGCCCAAGACCAGGAUCAGAGUUAUGACUACGCCAGCAACAGUGUCAUACUUCAUUUGGAUGCAGGCGAUGAGGUUUUCAUAAAAUUGGAUGGGGGCAAGGCUCACGGUGGCAACAGUAACAAAUACAGCACCUUCUCAGGGUUCAUUCUCUACGCCGACUGAAGGCUGGACAGGACGUGGGCUCAGAGGUGAAAGAUCACAGCUGGGAGACAUUUACUUUCUAACUUUUGCUUGGCAUUCUUGCAGUGAGGUUAAUGUUGCCCACAGCCACUGAUCCACAGUUAGAUUGUCUUUAAAGAUGUUCAAGUACGGCUUUGACAAAGUGAUUAAAGCUGUGGAUCUGUGGUUAUCGGUAACAGUCAGCCUCCUCAUCUAUUCAAUCCAUUGUAUGCUUGGUGCCUCUGUUGCUAUUGUGAUGGACACGAGCAGCGUAACAAUGUCAGUCACUGCUAUGUGUCAUGCUGGGUUGCAGUAACAAUUCUGACAGCGUAGAAGCCUCACAAUCACUCCUGAGCUGUCAUGUCAAAUUCAAGUCUGGAGGUCCCACAGUUGUGGUGACCAUACAAAGUAUAAAUGUGAUUAUGUUAUCUCAUGCCGUUUGUAUGAUAAGAUGUUGUGUGCAUCAAGAAUGAAGGAAUUUGUUUGAUGAAAUCUGUCAAAUAUUGGACAGAAUGACAUUAUGAUGUUUGAAUGGCAGAGUGUAACAAAAAGCUUUCAGUGUGAUGAUAUGAAAAAACAUGUCAUGUCAGCCCAUUAUAUUUGGCAUAUUAUAUGUGUAUCAACUGUAAAUUUGAUAUUGAAUCUUUGUGACUGAACACAGUCAAAAUGUGUCCAUUCAGAAAAUAUGCGUGUUGAUAGGUAGCUGUAUGAUUUUAUCAUGUAAUGUGCUUGUUUGUAACCGGUUAUUAAUUUGGUUGAUGCAUGCAACACAUGUUAAAAUGUUCUGUGUUUCCACAAAUGGUGAUUUAAAGCAAUUUAAAGGCUAGCUGUAGGCUGUGGGAGCGUUAAUCACUGUUGCAUUGACUUGUGGUUUUUAAUUAAAGUUUAGUUUGUUUUUG